UACUGAAUCUGUUUUCUUCUUUUAGCACGUCGGUCUCAUGGCUUAUGAGGGAAGUAGUGGAUUUGGCAGAAUGACCUUGAGAUUCAUCAGCAAACAGAAAUGGGGAAAAAUCAGUCAAGCCCGACAGCAUUCAUCCUUCUUGGAUUUGGCAAUCUCGUUGGAUUGCGAAUUCUUCUCUUUGUAUUGUUCCUUGCCAUCUAUGCUUUGUCUCUUGUUGGGAACCUCCUAAUUGUUUUUCUAGUUGUGGUUGACCAGCAUCUUCAUACCCCCAUGUAUUUCUUCCUGAUGAACUUAUCUUGCUUGGAGACCUGCUACAUUUCAACCAUCCUUCCAAGGAUGCUGGCCAGUUUCCUCACUGGGAAUAGGUCCAUAUCUAUUACAGGAUGCCUCGCACAAUACUACUUCUUUGGUUUCUGUGCAGCCACGGAAUGCUAUCUUCUGGCAAUGAUGUCUUAUGAUCGAUAUUUGGCAAUAUGUAAACCUCUGCGCUACACUUCCAUUAUGAAUGUUAGACUCUGCAUCCAGUUAGCAUUCACAUCUUGGAUGAGCGGCUUGGUGACCAACACUAUAAUUACCUCUUUUAUGCUACAGCUCACAUUCUGUGGACCCAAUGUAAUUGAUCAUUUCUUCUGCGAUAUAUAUCCAGUGGCAAACAUCUCCUGUAGCAAUACCCACCUAGUAAAACUUGCAACUUUUAUUCUAGGGCUCAUGGGAACAGGCCCCCCUUUUCUUCUAACAUUAGCUUCUUAUGUCUGCAUUAUUCUUACUGUGUUGAAAAUUAAAUCCAAAGCCGCACAACAAAAGGCCUUUGCCACGUGCUCUUCCCAUCUGAUUGUUGUGACACUUUUCUAUGGGUCAAUAUUCCUUGUUUAUAUAGUUCCUGAAACAGAAACACUGAAUGAAUUGCACAAAACCUUCUCACUCUUCUACACUGUCCUGACACCCACACUCAACCCCCUGAUAUACAGUUUGAGAAACAGAGAGGUGAAGGAAGCUCUGCUCAAAUCUGUCGGAAAAUUCAGCAGCAGGGUUUCGUAGCUUCAUGAUGCCUUGAUAAAUCUAGUGAAAUGUACAGAACAUGGACACAGUGUUGAGAAAGGUUUUGGCAUCAACUGGAAUGC